AUGUCCACCAGCCUGCCUCAGCCUACGCACGAUGUCAGCCAAAAGCAGCCGUCGCAGUCAACCAAGAACAGCGUGGUGAUCAAGGUGGGUAUGGUCGGAGAUGCCCAGAUCGGAAAAACCAGUUUAAUGGUGAAAUAUGUGGAGGGUAGUUGGGACGAGGAUUAUAUCCAGACUCUCGGUGUCAACUUCAUGGAGAAGACCAUCUCCAUUCGGAAUACGGAGAUUACGUUCUCGAUUUGGGAUCUGGGUGGCCAGCGUGAAUUCGUCAACAUGCUUCCCCUUGUGUGCAACGAUGCUGUCGCCAUUCUGUUCAUGUUCGAUCUCACGCGGAAAAGCACUCUGAACUCAAUUAAGGAAUGGUACCGACAAGGUCGUGGGUUCAACAAGACUGCCAUCCCCUUCCUGAUCGGUACCAAAUAUGACCAUUUCGUCAACUUUCCCCGCGAAGACCAGGAAGAGAUCUCGAUUCAGGCGAAACGGUUUGCCAAGGCCAUGAAAGCUAGUUUAAUUUUUAGCAGUACGAGUCACAGCAUCAACGUGCAGAAGAUCUUCAAGAUCGUCUUGGCCAAGGCUUUUGACCUCAAGUGCACGAUUCCCGAGAUCGAAAAUGUUGGCGAACCCCUGCUACUGUAUAAGAACGUCUGA